AGUCGAUUAGUCAUGUGCGAGUUAGUAUAUAAAGUAUGAAGGUGACGGGGUGGCCGCUUGUAUACGGUCACGCAGUCGCAGACACGCACGCGUCAGCUACAAGAAAUAAGAUUCAACAUGAAGAUGUACUCGCUGGUCGUCCUGGUGGCUUUAGUUGCCUGUGCGCAAGGGUACUCCUCUGGAGCCCCUGAGAGCGCUUGCGAAGACAUGAUCCCGCGCCACCCUGUCCCGCCGCAGAAGUCUAAGGCCCCCUACACAAUCACCACUAACACCAAGGUCGUGAAAGCCGGUUCUCCGUUGGAAGUGGUGAUCUCCGGCAAGGGGGCGUCAGACACCAUCCGUGGUCUCCUGCUGCAGGCGCGUGUGGGAGACAAGCCUGUGGGCACCUUCACCAUCCCACCCAACGAGCCCUUCCAGCUCCUCAACUGCGGCACUGCUGGCAACUCGGUCACCCACACGAAGCACGAUGCUAAACUCGACAAACAAACCGUUUCCUUCACUUGGACGCCCCCUGCUGACUUGAACGACGAAAUUAAAUUCAGGGCCACCAUCGCCUUAAAUGGUGCCGUUUUCUGGGUCGGCGUCGAGUCCGCUCCCAUCAAAGUUACCAACUAAGUGGAAACCAUACCUAAGCUUAGUUUUAAGAUAAUAUAAGAGAUUAAUAUUUUAAAAUUCGAUUCGUUGAUAUUUUAAAGUGUUCAAUUGUUUAAAUUAUUUACGUCUCGCUAUUUAGGUUUUGUAAAACGUUUUUGUAAUGUUUGUCAAUCUAUUAGUGUGUUCACUUGCACAUAUUUUGGUAUGAAACUUUUGUAUGUCAACCAAUUUAUUUGACACACGUUAU